AUGCUAUCGAUAUACACUGUCUCUUUCGUCGGUUUAGUCCUUGCAAUCGGAGCACAUCUGUUGUCAGGUCUAGGCUCUAGGCCAAAGAAUUACCCACCAGGUCCGCGUACUGUGCCAAUUCUUGGCAACUUACAUCAGAUUCCUAGCAAGAACGAAUACCUCCAGUUCACCAAAUGGACCAGAGAGUAUGGGCCUAUCUACAGUAUAAUGGUCGGAAGUCGACCGAUGAUCGUCCUAGGUAGUGUAGAGGUUGUGAAAGACUUGUUGGAUAAGCGUAGUGCCAUCUACUCGGAUCGUCCCGAAGCGUAUGCAGCAAAACACAUACCUACCAGCAAGCUCCGAAUUGUGUUCAUGCCCUACACUCCUUUGUGGCGCAAAUUGCGCAAGGUGACCCACUCACUUCUCAGUAUUAAGGCAGCAAAGAACUAUGAUCCCUAUCAAUUGAUGGAACGCAAGCAAAUGCUGAACGAGAUACUUACAGCCCCCAAUGACGUCUUUUCGAGCCUGCAACGAUACACAACGUCCCUCACCGCCACACUAUUGUAUGGUUGGAGAUCUUCCUCGACCACCGACCCCAGGAUGCACAAGCUUGACAAUGAGCUGGCUGCUAUGCAGGCUGCUCUCGGCAGCACUGCUGCUGCUUUGCUUGACGCCUUUCCAAUCCUAAGAUUCUUGCCUGACGCUCUUCUUCCCGUCAAGGAUAGGGUGCAUCGCGCAUUGCAGAUGGGUCAUGAAGUCCAUAUGGAGAAUUGGCACGCUGUUAAAGAGAAUAUAAAAAAUGGAACUCUUGGUCCUUGCAUGAGUAUUGGACUUGCCAGAGCACAAGAAAAGGAUGGUAUAACGGAUGUCGAAGCUGCUUAUACUGUGGGCAACAUCUUCGAAGGCGGCAUGGAAACCACAGCGGCCACCUUGUAUGCCUUCAUCCAAGCCAUGUUGCUUUUUCCAGAGGUCCAAUCGAAAGCACAGGAAGAGAUCGAUCGUGUCGUAGGGCCCAGCCGUCUGCCAAUCAUGGCCGAUGCAGCCAACUUACCUUACAUCAGACGAUGUGUGAAAGAGCUUGUCCGAUGGUUCCCAGUAGGACCUUUGGGCGCUGUACCUCACGCAUGUAUCCAAGACGAUGAGUAUAUGGGAUACAGGAUUCCAAAGGGAGCUCCAGUCAUUUUGAAUGCGUGGGCCAUCAUGAUGGAUCCAGACCGAUAUACAGAACCACGUCGUUUCAAUCCCGAUCGCUUCACCGAAGACAGUGACAGUGUUUCUAUGGCAGAAAUGGCGGCUCAUCCAGAUUCAAGCAAGAGAGACACCGUAGGCUUCGGAGCCGGUCGGCGUAUCUGUCCUGGUAUGCACGUUGCUGACCGAAGUCUGUUUCUUGGUGUCACUGGAAUCUUGUGGUCGUUUUCUAUCACACCGAAGAAGGACGCUCAAGGUAAAGACAUGUUACCUGACGCCGACAACUUGAUUGUUGGCAUUGCAGCUAGGCCGGCACCCUUCGAAGCAGCUAUCGUGUGUCGCGAUGAGAAAAGGGCGUGUAUCAUCAGAGAAGAAUGGAAGGAUGCUCAGAGAUUGCUUGACCCGGAAACCAAGCAAUGGAAGGAGACACCUGAGGGUGAUUGGGACGCUUCCCUCAAAGUCUAA